AUGCCACUUCACAGACACAUCUGGACCAUCCACGACCAACCCGAGUUCACUGUAAAAGUCGAGGAGUCCCUCACUGCUGCGUGGGACCUGUGGGCCUAUACUAUCGGAUGGAUCGCUGCUCUGGACAAAGAACUCACAGCCGCGCUUGCUAUGCUCGACGAAAGACACCAGCAACCAGAGAACUUCGUUCAAAAUCAACGAGAUACGAACAGCUACUCAUGGGGCCGGAUCGGUGCUCACAAUGUCAUCAUCGCUUCAUUAGCCGAAGGAAGCUAUGGUCUUGUAUCUGCAGCAACGACCGCGAACAGCAUGAUUCUCUCGCUUCCGCAUAUUCGAUUCGGUCUCAUGGUCGGCAUUGGUGCCGGUAUUCCUAGGUUAGAAGACGGUAUUGACAUCCGCCUCGGCGACGUUGUGGUUAGUCGGCCCACCGAUGGGUCUUCGGGAGUCAUACAAUAUGACUUGGGGAAGUUGAAGGGAAACGGCGAAUUCCAGCGAGUUGGUUCGCUUGCUCCUCCACCGGCAGUCUUGCUCAAAGGGUUAGCAAAGUUGAAAGCUGAUCAGCGACUCAAUGGCAACCUAUUGCCCAGGAUCUUAGCUGAUGCGCUCAAACUGUUCCCACGGCUGGCCGAACCGCGCGGUAAAGACGCGGCAUUCAUUCAUCAAGGAGCUCAGAACGAUCGGCUAUUCGCAGCGUCAUCGAACCAUGUGCCAGCUGGAAAAGUGCAGAGCCCCGUACAUUCGAAGGCCCUAAUGGGCUUCGCUCAGCUUUCUUACCAUUAUCUUCACCUUUUAACAGUCUGGAUUUGUAGCAUGAUCGUGUUUCUUCUUCUUUCUCCACGGAGGUCUACAAACGACAGAACCGGUGCUGAAUUGGUCCAAAAUGGGCAGCUCGGAGGAGGAAGACCUCAAAGCAUUACCAAGACUGAAACUUGCGUAUACUGCAAUCCUGAAGAUGAACUCAAAAGAGACGAUCGACCCGAUGCCAAUCCUGAGAUUCACUAUGGCAUCAUUGCUUCCGGAAACUCGGUUGUCAAAGAUAGCAUUUCCCGAGACCAAAUCCUACAACAACUAGGGACAGGGUGUCUUUGUUUUGAGAUGGAGGCGGCCGGUCUGAUGAAUGACUUUCCCUGUCUCGUGAUCAGAGGAAUUUGUGACUACGCAGACAGCCACAAGAACGAUAGGUGGCAAAACUAUGCGGCGAUUGUUGCCGCUGCGUAUGCCAAAGAGCUACUGUUAGUAAUGGAGGGCAUGAAUGUGGAACAAACCAGAAAAAUUGGAGAGAUUAUGGGAAAAGUUUCUCAGAUCGAGGCAACCACAAAGGAGACACAUCGGAAAGUCGAGCAGUUGACCGCUGGCGAUCGUUCCGGCAAAAUUCAUUCAUGGCUUUCCGCACCAGACCCAUCGAUCGAUCACAACAAGGCGUCCAAUUUACAUCAAGAUGGCACGGGCCAGUGGUUUCUUGACACGAACGAGUAUCUGUACUGGAAGACAAAUCCUGGGUCAUCCCUAUGGCUGUAUGGCGGCCCAGGAUGUGGCAAGACGAUCCUAAGCUCGACGAUCGUCAGAGAUCUACAAAACAGCACGAGCAUCUGCCUUUAUUUCUAUUUCACCUUCACGAACACUGAGAAGCAGUUGCUAGACGGUGCAAUCCGAUCUCUCAUAGAACAACUUCAUUGCCAGAGCAAGGCUGCUCAAGAAUAUCUCGACUCGGUCUUCGAAUCCAGAGGAGCCAGUUCAGCACAGCCGGACAAUGACUCUCUAUGUUCAUGGUUUAAUGCUAUGCUUGAGGUAGCCGGUGAAGUCUGGAUUGUUCUUGAUGCGCUUGAUGAACGGGAUUUACUUGGCGAAUGCCAACAAGGCCAAGCGCUUAAAAAUAAAGGGCUGCUACAAUGGAUCAAAACUCUCCUGCAAUCUGAAGGGGCGAAGUAUCAUAUUUUGGUCACAAGUCGCCAAGAAGAAGACAUUCGUCGUGUAUUGAAAGAUAUCAUUCCCAAGGACAUGCAGAUUCCUCUGCGGAACAAGUCAGUCAAUAAAGACAUACGAGCAUUCAUCCGAUCGACACUCAGGACAUGGGGCGACCUGCCAGAAUGGCGAAACAACAAGUCUUCUCGGGAACAGGUCGAAAAAUACCUGAGCGAAAAAGCCGACGGAAUGUUUCGCUGGGUAUCAUGUCAACUUUUUGAACUUCGGCACUGCUUGAAUGACGAGGAGCUCCGAUCAUCCUUGAACUCGCUACCGACGACCUUAGAUGAGACUUAUGCGAGAAUAUUGGAUAGAAUUCCUGCUGUACAUCAACAAAAAGCAUGGAGAAUCUUACAAUUUUUGCUCCAUUCGGAAGAUCCCCUACGUCUGGAGGAAGCCGUCGACAUCAUCGCAGUAUCUCCUGAAGCAAAAAAACACAAUCCGAGAUUCAAUCCCGCAUCAAGGCCAGACAAAGACGAUUUUUCAAUCUACUGCCCUAGCCUGGUCGUGUCUGUCACUAGAACUGUAGGAUCCAAGGGGAAGACAGUGCAGACUCUUCAGCUCGCGCAUUUCUCGGUAAAAGAAUAUCUCCUCUCAGACCGCAUGGAGACAAAGUUCCCUCGUGCCUUUGAGGAACGCAUCGCUAAAUCAGUAAUGGCGAGAGUAUGCCUUGCAUACUUAUUGAGCAUGGAUUAUAGUCUUCUACCAGCGGAGUUUGGAUCUUCGUACCCAUUAGCGCCGUAUGCUGCGCAGUACUGGGCUCGAUAUGCUGCUCGAGCGGAUUCCGACACCAUUGCCCCUCUUGUACGAGAAUUCCUUGGUCGGAAGGAAUGUUACGAAAUUUGUUUUCAGCUUUGCGAAUUUGAUCUUGAUCAUAUUCAUGAAGUGAGAUACGAACGCUCAUAUCGACAGAAACAAAAAUGGAAUCCCGAUCUUUGCCUCGAAGACCACCUCUACGACCGCGAAUGCCAGCGCAUGAAAGAGGCUGGCAGACUACCAGACAUAAGUAUGAGUGUAGGGAUGCAAACGUAUUGCGAGCGGCUGUUUCAAGAAGAGAUUGGAGGUCCACUUCAUUUGUUCUACUUCUGUGUAUUCGAAGGUCUAGUGUUUGCUGUGGAGGAGAUCCUGAAGGCAAACCCAGAGCUCAUUAACGCCAAAAGUGGAAAUGAUCUCACAGCUCUUCAAGUCGCUGCCUUGAAUGGUCAUACAGAGGUUGUGGUAAUGCUCCUCGGCAGAGGAGCAAACCUGCAUGCAAAGGGUGGACAAAACGGCACCGCUCUUCAAGCCGCCUCACUCAGCGGUCACGAAGAUGUUGUGGAAAUCCUAAUUGAUAAGGGAGCCGAUCCGAAUGUGCAGGGUGGAUACCUUGCCACCCCUCUUCAAGCCGCUGCAUUGAAAGGCCAUCGAGGUAUUGUGGCAAUCCUCCUUGAAAGAGGAGCGGACUGCAAUGCGCAGGGAGGUGAAUAUGGGACCGCUCUUCAGGCCGCCUCAUACAAUGGCCAUGAUGGUCUCGCAAGAAUUCUCAUUGAAAAGGGAGCAGACUUGAACGCACAAGGCGGGAGGCUUGGUACAGCUCUUGUGGCCGCCUCAAGCCAGGGUCGCAAGGCCACUGUACGACUUCUCAUCAAAAAGGGAGCAGAUAUCAAUGCACAGACCAGUGGGUCAUAUAAAACCGCUCUCUGGGCUGCUGCUUCGAACUUCCAUGAAGAAAUCGUGGAAAUUAUGUUCAAUGAAGGAGAAGUCGCAAGUUUGUCUUCCACUGGUGCCGAAAUCCUGGCUAAACAUUGGGAAACCGUGAUCGAUGUGCUUUGUCGCAAAGGUGUCGAAGUUGGUGAAAGGCCGAUGGAAGUGUUGAAGAAAUCGGGGAGAAUCAUCCGCCAGAUCAGCCUCAUGCUAUUCGGCAAGAUAUCUGAUACGGACACAGUUGCAUAUUUCAGCAAUGUUCUUGUCCCAGUUUCUAGAGAAGGGCACCUCGCAAUUGCCCAGGCACUGAUUGAAAGAGGUGCGAAGAUUGAUGUCACUGACGCCCACGGAAUGAGUGCAUUGAGCCUCGCAGCUGCAAAUGGACAUGAACAUGUCGUCAAACUGCUCAUUCACCAUGAAGCGUUAAGUUUUAUCAAAGUCGACUACAGAUGCCACCCCUUCUAUACUGCAUCUUGCGGGAACCAUGUCAAGAUCAUCAAGUUGCUGCCUCUAGACGAUAUCGGUGCAGACACAGUCUACCAGAGCGUCUUGGCAACACUUAAGCACAACUGCUUUGAUGCGGCCGAGGAGCUUCUCAAGCAUUUCAACCCCCGUCAAGACCGGCGAGUCAAUAUACCACAGAAUAUUCUUCAAGAAGCUCUGCAAAGUGCAUGUUACCACGGACGACAUCGUCUGGAUCUGAAGCCCUCGACGGGCUGCGAAUCAGUUCGAGGGCGAUGA